ACGAGUGGAACCGGCUAAACUAAAGCGCUCUUUUUCCCGGCUGUGCUUGCCGGCCGCUCGGUGCGGCUUAGCCCGAGGAGAUCCGAACAGGUUGCCCGGCUCUGCUCUGCCCGGCCGACGUCCAGGGAGAAGGGAAAGGAGGCGUGGGGUGGCAGAGCUCGUAGGACUCUCGAAAAAAAUCUCCAGACUAUAAUUUGCCUCACCUUUCGCCUGAUGGAGAAUGUGACUAGUGCCCUACCAGCUGGAGCAGUGGCAGCCGUACUAAAGCCCAGCGGAGAACUUCCCAAUGGAAGCUCAACUGUACAAGGCUAUGAUUUUGACCAGGGAUUAGACUAUCAUGCCUUGCUCCAGUCGUAUCUCAACACUGGUUUCCAGGCUACCAGUUUUGGACAAGCUGUGAAUGAAAUCAAUCGAAUGAUAGAAGCAAAGUUGACACCAUUAGGGGAGGAUGAAGGGAAUCAUGCUGAUUUGAAUCCCUGUUCUCGCUGCCUGACCAGCUGUACAAUUUUCUUGGGCUUCACAUCCAACCUCAUCAGCUCAGGUGUUCGUGAGUCCAUCCGCUAUCUGGUGCAACAUAACAUGGUUGAUGUUUUGGUGACCACAGCAGGUGGUGUGGAGGAAGAUCUGAUCAAAUGCUUGGCACCCACUUACAUUGGAGACUUUAGCUUGCAAGGGAAAGAACUACGGAAGAAUGGAAUUAACAGGAUUGGGAAUCUCUUAGUGCCCAAUGACAAUUACUGCAAGUUUGAGGAUUGGCUAAUGCCAAUCCUGGACCAAAUGGUGAUUGAACAAGACACAGAGGGUAUGAAAUGGACUCCAUCCAAGCUCAUUGCUCGGCUUGGCAAGGAAAUCAACAAUCCAGAAUCAGUCUGUUAUUGGGCUCAAAAGAAUAAUAUUCCUGUAUUGAGCCCAGCAAUAACAGAUGGAUCCCUCGGAGACAUGAUUUUCUUCCAUUCUUAUAAGAAGCCAGGUCUUGUGCUGGACAUCGUAGAAGACCUGAGACUCAUUAACAGCCAGGCCAUCUUUGCCCGGAAGACAGGAAUGAUCAUCUUGGGUGGAGGCCUUAUUAAGCACCACAUUGCCAAUGCAAAUUUGAUGAGAAAUGGAGCUGACUUCUCUGUAUAUGUCAACACCGCACAGGAGUUUGAUGGCUCAGAUUCAGGAGCUCGGCCUGACGAGGCAGUGUCCUGGGGAAAGAUCCGUAUGGAUGCCAAGCCUGUCAAGGUCUAUGCUGAUGCUUCCCUGGUUUUUCCAUUGCUGGUUGCAGAAACGUUCGCUCAGAAACCAAAUGCUUUUGUUCAAGAAAAGAAAAAUGACUGAAUUGGGAACUGCUGCGCAAGACUUUUUUUAAAAAAAAUUCUGUUCAGAACUCCCUGCUUCCAACCUGCAUAACCUCAGUCAACACCUAUGUCAAAAUUGCUACAAAGGUCUCCCUAGAUGAAUGGAGAAGCGGGGCCUAUUGACCAUUCAGACUAACUUCUACCAUCCCUGCACUGGACAGAACUGGUAUCCCAAUUGUCUGCAUAUUAAACCUGAAUUGGGAAGCAAUCAUUCUGUCAACCAUUCCUCCUUGCAAUGAUGGAUCUUGUACUGCGAAAUAUGAUGGAAGGUGUAAAGACCCUCAAUUGUGUGCUCAAUUCUUCCAAAGGAUUUUUAUGCAAUGGUGGAACACCUAGGGGUUCUGGAAUUUGAUUUGUGUGUUUAUGUGUGUGUCUCUUAAUGACUGAACCAGACCAUACCUCUGCAAUCUGGUCUCUCCUGUCUUCUCAGUUAGCCCCCGAUAUUUAUUCAAGGUGUUUUGUGUGGAAUUGCCUAACAGCCAUAACUUUGUAAUAGUUUUAAUAUUUGUUCUUGUUUUGGGGCGCCUUUUUGCCAUCACAAUGACUGUGACAUUUUGUGACUUUUUGUGCAUAUGAGUUAAGAACAGCCGUUAUUUUUAUUAUUAUUAUUUCUAGGGCAAAGUUAUAAGUUGAUUAAACAUUUUAUUCAAUAUAUUAUUCAAUAAAAGCUCUAUACCCAUGCUUUGCUUCACAACUAUGUGAUCGGGCUUAGUUUUGGGGGAGGAAUAUAAAGGGGGAAAAUUGUGCCUC